AUGUUGAGCCUAGCAUUUUUAUUUGCCGUAAUUAUGCCCUUAAAUGGAAUUUAUGGAAACACACAGAAUCUAGAUGUCGGUACUUUAAUGGAGAUAUUGCAGACACAGCAGCAAUUGCAACAAAGAGAAAGAGAUCGACGUAGUAGUUCGGAUAGCUCCGAAUCUUCUGACAAAGAAGACAACCGCCGCGAUAUUCUAAGAAGUGGAGAGAUUGUGGGUCUUAUAGAGGAAGCUGCUAAUGAGAAGGAGAGAAUGAGAAAAUAUAAACAACAAAACUAUGACAAUAUGGAAAUAAAAAAUAUAAUUAAAUUAUUAAAUAAGCAGUAUGGAGAAAAUACAGGUAACAGUUUUCCAACGCAACAGAUUUUAGAGGAAGUAUUAUCACAAAAUGCUGAUGUUAUAAAACAGAAGAACAAGAAAGUAAUAUCAAAACAUGCAUUAAAACCAAAUAAUUUACUUGAAUCCUUUAAUUACAAAAAUCGCGGUGACGGUAGUUUGGAGAGACUUGAUCAAUAUUCUAAAAUUUAUGUAAUUUUGAACCCACAAGCUAUUAAAAAGAGUAAGAAUAAAAAUAAAUUGACGAACCUGAUAUCGCAAAUAGUCUCAUUGUCGACAAUGGCAGAGAGAAAUGAGGAUCGUUAUAAAGGGCUCUCUGUUAAUAAUAAUUCAAUAGCCAGACGUUCACGUCGUGAUUCCAAAGAAAUGUACAGUUCUAAAAAGUCAAUGGAAGACGAUUAUAAGCCGAAACGAUCUUGGAAUGACCGUGGUGGCAGUGGCGGGCAAGGAGGAAGGACAGCGAUUCCUUAUAUAAGGCAGCGUGGAGAUAUAUACGAAAGGGACAAUUAA